AUGUCUGAAGAGGGAGAUUUCGAUUUCGGCGAUGCCGUUGACAAGGCCACCUUCGAGCAGAUUCUCGAUAUGGACGAAGAAGAUGAACGUGAUUUCAGCAGGUCAAUAGUCUUUGGGUUUUUGGAACAAGCGGACACGACAUUUAAGAAAAUGGACGAUGCGAUGGAGGAGAAGAACCUACCAGAACUCUCUAGCCUCGGCCAUUUCCUCAAAGGAUCAUCUGCUACACUAGGCUUCACCAAAGUCAAAGACGAAUGCGAGAAGAUUCAACAUUAUGGUCACAAGAAGAAUGAGACUGGUGAGGUUGACGAACCUGACGAGGCCAAGUGUUUGAGAAUGAUCGGUGAAAGUCUUGAAGAGGCCAAGAAAGCGUACAAGGUGGUGGAAGGGCUCAUGAAACGAUUCUACGCAGAGUCUUGA